CAAUUGCAUUCUUUACAAUUAAUGCAUGUGCGUUAUGCAUGUCAUACAUCCAAUAAGAAAUAGGAAUCAUGUAAGUUAAAGUGAUGCAUGCCCGCGGAAAAAGCUGAAUCGAAUGUAAUGCACAAUUUCAUGGCCUGCGUAAUUUUGCAUCUUUUGACUGCACUGAAUGCGUUAGUGUUAUUUAUGUGUGUACGUAUUUAUGCAUGUCUGUAGCGAAAUUUGGACGAAUGUAUGCAAAUGUAAGGCUGCAUGUGAGUGAAAAUUAAUGUAGACUAAUUUUUUUACAUUCAUAACGCUCAACAAGUACAUUCCGAAUUCGUUGGCAAAGGGUGUCAGUCCGCCGUUAUGUAUCGCAAGUUGUACGAUUGCUACUUUUGUAGAAUUUGUGGCAGACAACGCCGCCACUUGCAUUGCCGGGGCACGUUGCACUAUUUUUUGACAUAGGUUUCUCAGUUUCAGCAUGCAACAAGAGUCGGAAACCAUGGAAGGCCUGGCAGACUCGGUCACCAUUGACAUGAGUGCGCCCGAAAGGGACCCACUGGCCCUCGACUUCGUCCACAACAGUCCGUCAUGUGAUCCCCUGCAUGAUUCGAUUACGGAGGUCGUAGUUGGUCUUGGUCAAGGAAGAGAGUCGGUCCGCGAAGAAACCACAGCACAGUCCCCCACCAGGCCUGACGCAGCUGUCCCCCCCCAAACCAAGCGACGACUAUUCCAGGACAAGAAGCCAAGCGAAGAGGAGGGCCAGGAACAAGAGUCAGAACAGUCUGACGAAUACUCCGGCAGUGAGUACGUUCAAGAAGAAGAAGACAGCCAGUCCGGUGCGUCGACUUCGAGCCACACAGACAGUGAGCGUCAGAAGCGACCUCUCCGACCACCUCCAGCUUCGGACAGUCCAGAGAUGGCAGACGCUCGUAUGGAGCCGGCAGAGGACGACGAACUUGCUGCGCAAGUGGCAGCUCUGAGGACGAGGAACGCUGCGUUGGCAGCGGCCAAGUUGGAACUCGUGCAGCGGGUAGCCUCCCUAGAAGCAAAGAAGGCCCGUCUCAUGGAGGAGAACCAAACGUUGCGUGACGAAGCGGCUGUCAACGAUCAAAGAGUGGCUCACCUCAAGAAGGCUCGGAGGGAAUUCAAGCACCAGAACCUCGAGACGGUCCACUCUCUCCAACAGGCGGUCGCUGAGCCUGGAACCAGCAAGCACACAGAGGCCACUUACUGGUAAGACCAAAUUUGAAACGCUCGUCAUG